GCAUCAUCUCUACAAGUAUCAUGACGGGCGUACAUCUGUUCGCCGUCGUCCCCAGAGCACACCUCCAAGGGAGGAGGGAGAAAGUGUUUGAAUGCUGGAGGAUGCUGGGUGCGAUGAGACAGAGGUUUUUGAAGUUGGGGGCUCCUCCCGCCAACCUUUUGCCCCCCGGGGGGUCCCCAGCCCUUGGCCACACGGCGCCUUUCGGCCGCGUGCCGGCGCACACUCUCCGCAAGGCACGUCACGGGAACGCGGGGCGCUGCGCGCGCAGGUCCGGUGCAAACUUUCUGCAAGUGCAACUUGGGCAUCCCCGGGGAGGAGGGAACGCAGGACUCCUGGCGAGGAGGGGGCGCGAAGCGAAAGCGAAUGCGGCCGCGAGCACGGGGGCGGAUCCCCGCUGGGCAGAGGGCCUGAAAGGGAGCCAAUCGGGCAGCUGCGGCUGCUGCCAAUCACGCGGCUCCCUCCAAUCCCACCCGUGCCAUUUCCAAAAUCUCGGUCCCACUGUGCAGCUCAAAUGUGGUGUUCACUCUGCCAAUCGCUGGAGGACAGAGUGAGAACAGGAAUAAGCAGAGUUAGGAGACCAGGACAAAGAAGUUAAAGAGCGCCUAAUAUAUACAUGUUUUUGAAGGCGGGCAGAGAAAAAGUACCCCCAGAGAGGAUCUAUGGGUCUGAUUGUGUAGUUCUGAUGGAGCCCCCUUUGAGCAAGAGGAACCCGCCAGCGCUGAGAUUAGCGGAUUUGGCAACGGCUCAGGCCGGGCCGCUUCAGAAUAUGACAGGCUUCCCGGCGCUGGCCAGCCCGCCCGCCCACUCCCAACUCCGCGCCGCUGCCGCGCACCUCCGCCCUCGGGAUCAGGGCGCUGACCCCGGCGUGGCCAUCACUCCGCUCGCACCCGAGCACAUGGCCCAAGCGAGCGCGCUCGGCCUCAGCCCUCUCUCCCAGGGGCUGCCGGCACAGUCCGGGGGCCUGGCGGCCGCCGCCCGCGCUGCAGCCUCGGUCGCGCACCCCGGCGGCGACACCUACCCCGGCGGCGGGGGCAGCAGCAGAGCGCAGCCCUCCGCGCCCCCGCCCCCAGCCCCUCCUCUUCCUCCCUCCCCAUCACCCCCUCCCCCUCCCCCUCCCCCUCCCCCUCCUCCUCCUCCUGCCCUCUCGGGCUACACCACCACCAACAGUGGCGGCGGCGGCAGCAGCGGCAAAGGCCACAGCAGGGACUUCGUCCUCCGGAGGGACCUUUCCGCCACGGCCCCCGCGGCGGCCAUGCACGGGGCCCCGCUCGGAGGGGAGCAGCAGUCCGGCACCGGCUCCCCCCAGCACUCGGCCCCGCCUCCCCACUCGGCCGGCAUGUUCAUCUCGGCCAGCGGCACCUACGCGGGCCCGGACGGCAGCGGCGGCGGGGGCCCGGCGCUCUUCCCCGCGCUGCACGACACGCCAGGAGCCCCCGGCGGCCACCCGCACCCGCUCAACGGCCAGAUGCGCCUGGGGCUGGCGGCGGCGGCGGCAGCCGCGGCGGCCGAGCUGUACGGCCGCGCCGAGCCGCCCUUCGCACCGCGCUCCGGGGAUGCUCACUACGGGGCGGUGGCGGCCGCUGCAGCAGCCGCCUUGCACGGCUACGGAGCCGUGAACUUAAACCUGAACCUGGCGGCGGCAGCCGCGGCGGCGGCGGCCGGACCGGGGCCCCACCUGCAACACCACGCGCCGCCCCCGGCGCCGCCGCCGCCGCCGGCGCCCGCGCAGCACCCGCACCAGCACCACCCCCACCUCCCAGGGGCGGCCGGGGCCUUCCUGCGCUACAUGCGGCAGCCAAUCAAGCAGGAGCUCAUCUGCAAGUGGAUCGACCCCGACGAGCUGGCCGGGCAGCCGCCACCGCCGCCACCGCCCCCGGCCGGCGGCGCCAAGCCCUGCUCCAAAACUUUCGGCACCAUGCACGAGCUGGUGAACCACGUCACGGUGGAGCACGUGGGUGGCCCCGAGCAAAGCAGCCACGUCUGCUUCUGGGAGGACUGUCCGCGCGAGGGCAAGCCCUUCAAGGCCAAAUACAAGCUCAUCAACCACAUCCGCGUGCACACCGGCGAGAAGCCCUUUCCCUGCCCCUUCCCGGGCUGCGGCAAGGUCUUCGCGCGCUCGGAGAACCUCAAGAUCCACAAGCGCACUCAUACAGGGGAAAAGCCUUUCAAAUGUGAGUUUGAUGGCUGCGACAGGAAGUUUGCCAACAGCAGUGAUCGAAAGAAACAUUCCCAUGUCCACACCAGCGACAAGCCCUACUACUGCAAGAUUCGAGGCUGUGACAAAUCCUACACUCACCCGAGCUCUCUAAGGAAGCACAUGAAGAUUCACUGCAAGUCCCCACCACCGUCUCCAGGCGCCCUGGGUUACUCAUCAGUGGGGACUCCAGUGGGUGCCCCCUUGUCCCCUGUGCUGGACCCAACCAGGAGUCGCUCUAGCACUCUCUCCCCUCAGGUGACCAACCUCAAUGAGUGGUACGUUUGCCAGGCCAGUGGGGCCCCCAGCCACCUCCACACACCUUCCAGCAACGGAACCACUUCCGAGUCUGAAGAUGAGGAGAUGUACGGGAACUCUGAAGUUGUGCGGACGAUACAUUAGAAUUUAUUAGUCAUAAUAAUAAGUAAAAUCAGAAGUGGGAGUCCUUGGACCAUAUCCUAACCUGAGACAAUGCUGAGCCUGAGACAAACCCGUGACUCAGACUUGCCACCGGGUCUAAUGAGCCCUAUUUAUUCAGUAUGAAACCCUAUGGUGUUUGUACAUUUAAUUAAUUUAAUUAAGAUAUUUGGGCUUUUUUUCCCCUUAGAAAACAAACAAAACAACAACCAAGCUGGACUUGUAUGUUGCAGGGGGACAGGGCUGGGAGCAAAUUGUACCAAGGAAAAUGAAUGGAGAGAUUAGCUAAUCAAGAUACAUACUAACGAUGCAAUAUAUAUAUUUUUUAGAAGGGAAGAGAAAGAGCAUUAAGUCAGAACUCGACACAGCAACAAGGCCCUCUGCAUUUCUUGGAGUGCCUCGAGAAUGCCUUUGACACCAUAACGUGGGCUUCUUUGGACCCACUUUGCCUCCUCCUCGGGCCCUAUUUCUGCAAAGGCCUCUUGAUUGUAAACCACACACUUGCUGCAUGGCCAACAGAUCUUGGACUGUACCUGUGUCCAAAAAUAUUUGUAAAAACCCUUUAAGUUCUAAUACUUGUAAUUUUUAAUUUCCACUCUUUUAUUACUGAUCUCAUCUUAACACAAUAUUUUUAUACAGGAUUAUUUCUUCAUUACCCUGCUUGUAUGAUGAGAAAAAAAAAUAAUGAUGCAGCAACCUUCAUACGUCUCCAUGUAUUGUGCUACCUGUGAUUGUUCAAGCAAAAGUGGAGAGAAGAAAAGGCUGCUGCGAUAGACAACUGUGAAACUGUGAUAUUUUAUAAAAUAGAAGAAAUCAAGUGCUUUCUUCUUCCUCUAUGGUAUUUUUUUUUGUUUUAAUCUGAAAUCUCAGAUGCUGCCUCUUUGCUACGUCCAUGUUUUAGAUCUUAAGUUUUUUGGGAUGCCAAAAUUAACAGGCAAGUCUAAGGAGGUGGGAUGUUGGCAACAUGCCGAUUUUUUUUUGGAAAGCUGUUGUUUUUAAAACAGGCCAACCCUUCUCUUAUACUGUUGUAUCAACCUUUUAAAAAGUCUUUAUUUUUCAUUACCUGAAACUGCAUUUUAAUGCAUUUUCUUCCACCUGAGCACUGAGCACACCGAACGCUAUCCCAUUUGAAAAUGACAGUGUGUGAAGUGUAUGAUUUACAUUAAAAGAGGGGAGGGAGUUGCUAUACAUAUUAAAAUUUUUAAAAGGUUUAUAGUUACCACCAAACACUGAUGAAUGUGUGACCUUUGCCAGAGCUGUCAAGCUAGGAUGAAAAAGGUCAGGGACCCAGGACAAUAACUCUUAGUCAAUUUAUUUUCGGUUGGUACAACACAUCUUGUGUGCAAAAUGUAGUCCAUCAUAAACAUCAUACCAAUAUACUAAAGAGCACUAAUUUAUCCUCAGAGACCCUGAAGACUCCCCUCCCCAGGGUUUGUAGAAAUUUGUUUUAUAUGCUGUGAGUGGGUGAUGGAGUCUUGUCAUUGUUAAUAAUUUGUAUGUGAACACUAUUAUUUGUACAGUUGAAUUAAUUUAUUUUCAGACAUCAUCCCUUUUUUUUUUCCUGGAAGAGUUCAAAGCACACCAAAGAAUUAUACGUUUUGGUGAAAGAUUGUCGUUUAUGAUCCACGGUUUAUUUAAAAAAAAAAGGAAAGGAAAUGGGAAAAUAUAUUUUUAAGCUUACUUGAAUGAACAACGUAAUGUGAAAACCAGGACUCUUCCUGCAUGUCUUUUUUGCAUUGUGUUGACGAGAUGAUAUAUAGUUUAUAGAUAUAUUAUAUUACUAGUACAGUGCAUGGUGCUGUCACUUUGAAAGCCUUUCAAUGUUGUCUUCAGAUUGUUACGGUGAAUAUGAAACAUGCAGACCCCUCCUUUAUAAAGAAAAAGACCAUAAAACUUGAAUAUAAAAUAAUUCUACAUUUUUAAAGUUUAUUUGAUUUUCAUAUUAUUCACUUUCAAAGCUAUUUCAAAUAGACAAAAUAAGAUAAGGUAUAACUUUGGGGGGAUAAUUUAUGUAUCGUAAACUUAUUAGAACAAAAUAUUCCUGAUUUAUAAUGAGUUGUUUUAUUUAUACAACUUUUUCAAUGGUAGUUUGCACUAUUCUUUAUUAUGCUACAGGUUUAUUUAUUAUGAAACAAAGGAAUAUGUAUUUUAUGUAUUUUGCCAUGCAUAGGUUAACUCUCCGCCACAGAUUUAUUGGUUCCUGAUACACCUUAAAUAAAAACUUAAAAUGUGUACCUCCAAUAGAAAGAAAGCAAGAAUGAUUAUGAAGUGAAAACUUUAAUAAAGUUAUUCUUCCUAUGUA